AUGAAGCUAUCAGACAGACUCGCGCUGCUCUUAGCAGCAGCAGCAGCAGGUCCGGCGGCAGCCUUUACAAACACCAAAGUCGACUUUUUCAUGCGCAAGAACAUCGAUCCCAUCGUCAUCCCGGGCCAGUACAAGAGCCACAUGCACAGCUUCUUCGGCAGCGACGCGGUGAGGGUGAACAUGAGCUCGACGGCCGAGUUGCAAAAGGGGUGUUCUACGGCGCAGAACCCGAAUGAUUUUUCCGUAUAUUGGAUCCCCACGCUCUACCACGUCCAAGGCGAAACCCGAACGCCCAUCGAACCGGUCUCGUUCGUAGCCUACUACAACUUUGACAAGGACCCGGCCGAGGUGCCCAUCCCGCCCAACUUCUCCGUCGUGGCGGGCAACUCCAAGGCCUCGACGGAAGCGGACCUGGUCCCCGGUUCCGACGUGACGUGGCUCUGCCAGAACCAAGCCUUCGACGCAGGCGGGAAAGAACAUUCCCAGUUCCCGCAGAACACGUGCUCGACUUCUUUACAGGCGGUCCUGUGGUUCCCGGACUGCGUUGACGAAACCACCCUUAAAUCUGCCUACUCUGAUAGGAAGACAGGGGCGUGCGCGGGCGGGAUGAAGAGGAUGCCGCAGCUGCGAUUCAGUAUACGCUACGAUACCAAGAAGGCGAUCCCCGGAGGCUGGAAGGGCGGGGACCCGCCGAUCGAGCUCGCGUGCGGCGGGAGCCGGUGUUUCCACGGGGACUUUGUGAAUGGAUGGCUCGAGGAGGCGGCCAGGACCAUGGUUACCGGGUUGAAGAGUAAGAGGGAGUUUGAGGCGGUGGAUGGGCCGAAUGGGAAGGCUAGGGCGGGGAGUGUUUGUAAGAGGAAGGCGACGGACGCGGAUCCGGGGAAUGGGACUGGGGAUUGGGCGGAGAGUGUGAAGAUGAUGGGGGCUGGGAAGAGGAGGAGGAGGAGGACUGGGCCGGUGAGGAGAAUGGGGUUGUGA